AUGCCUUCAACAUCAGAUGAUGUGUCCACGUUUGUGGUCACCGAGUUUGUCACGGCCACACUGGUAGAUUCUCAGAAUUCGACUGUCGAUGACGGAGACAGCGGGAACAUGGCAACAGAGGUAGUCUGGACGACUUUAUUCGUUGUGAAUACUUUCACGGCGGGCGCAGGCGGUAACGAAGAACCCCUCACGACUUCUGCAGUUGCGCCUCCCGUAUCAGUCUCGUUCUCAACAUCAUCUGCGAAACCCACCGUCACCGGCAAUGCGAGCGGCGCCACAACCGGCCAAACCUCAUCGACAGCAUAUCCCACAAGCAUCACACCCUUACACCCAACGGAGAGCGAUAACCCGGGCAACCCACAAGGUCUCAGCAGGGAAGCAGAGACCGGCAUCGGCGCUGGGCUCGGCGUGGCCGUGAUUCUCCUCAUAGCACUCAGCGUCGCGUUCAUCCUCUAUAGACGAAGACAUGUGACCACCGCAGUCGCCACAAACAUGCCGCCAAGCUCACAGCUCGAUCACGGCCCGAACGAUCCUCAGGCACCGUGGGAUCCCGAAGCACUGGGACGCACAUAUCCAGCGGAGCUGUACGGGAGUCAAGGUACGCACCAGACAGGGAAGGAUGGUUCGGUAGUUCCCAUCACCUUUGAAGCCACGGGAUCGAUGCAGGAGCAGUUUCGUCAUCAUAGCCCAAGACACCACGCGAUGCACAUACCAAACUCUGUGGAGAAUGGAGCCAGCCAGCCUUAUCCUCUGAUGGGCAACGGCAAUGGCUUUGGCGAGCUGCACGGAAACUCGAGGCCGUUGCUGGCGGAGCUGGGCACAAAAGAUUGA